GACGGCUGGGUCCGAGCCCGGGGGCCCCGGGACAGGGCUGGGGCGCCAUGGCCGAGUCCCAGCUGAGCUGCCUGGACGAGGCGCACGUGAACGAGAGGGUGACCGAGGCACAUGCCGCCUUCUACUACUGCGAGAGGCGGCGGGCCGCGCUGGAGGCGCUGCUGGGUGGAGGCGAGCAGGCCUACCGCGAACGGGUCAAGAAGGAGCGGCUGCGGGACUUCCUCUCCAGCCAGGAGCUCCAGGCCCUCUGCGCCGCCUGGAGCCCCUACGAGGAGGCGGUCUCCAACACCCGUGCCAAGGCCAAGACCAAGGCCCCGUCCCAACCCGCUGAGUCCCUGGCCUACUGGCCAGACCGCUCGGACACCGAAGUGCCCCCACUGGACCUGGGGUGGACGGACUCCAGCUUCUACCGCGGUGUGAGCCGAGUCACGCUCUUCACCCACCCGCCCAAAGAAGAGAAGGCGCCGCACCUGAAGCAGGUGGUCAGGCAGAUGAUCCAGCAGGCCCAGAAGGUCAUUGCUGUGGUCAUGGAUCUUUUCACUGAUGGGGAUAUAUUCCAAGACAUUGUGGAUGCUGCCUGUAAACGUCGAGUUCCUGUAUACAUCAUCCUGGAUGAGGGUGGAGUGAAAUACUUUUUGGAGAUGUGUCAGGGCCUAGAGCUUGCAGACUUCCGCAUUCGGAACAUCCGUGUCCGCUCUGUGACAGGAAUUGGGUUCUACAUGCCCAUGGGGAAGAUCAAGGGGACUCUCUCAUCAAAGUUCCUGAUGGUUGAUGGGGACAAAGUAGCUACCGGCUCUUACAGCUUUACCUGGAGCUCCUCCUAUGUGGACAGGAAUCUCCUCUUGCUCCUGACAGGACAGAAUGUGGAGCCCUUUGACAUAGAGUUCCGGGAGCUGUAUGCCAUCUCUGAGGAAGUGAACUUGUAUCAGCACCUGGGCCUGGCAGGCAGGAUUGGUCUCAACUACUCCUCCACGGUAGCUCGAAAGCUAAUCAAUCCCAAGUACGCGUUAGUGGCAGGGACCCGCCCUCCUCCAGGAGAGAUGAUGCGCUGGGCGGCCCGGCAGCAGCGGGAAGCUGGUGGCAACCUAGAGGGGCAGGAGGAGGGCAGUGGUGGUGGUGAGUCUGCCCGGCGUCUGGAGAGCUUUCUGAAUGACCUGGUCACAGUAGAGCAGAUAUUGCCCACCAUGGAGUCCAUUCCCUCAAGAUUGCUGAGACCUGCCAACGGCAGAGCGGUCUCUCAUGCACACACAGAUGCGAAGCACAGGCCCCGAGAGGCACUGCCCCAGAAUGGCAAGGGAGAAGCUGCCAAUGGAGAGACCACCCCAGCCAAGGAGGUCAAACGCUUCAGCAGCAGGCUCUUCAGCCGUCGAGUGAAGAGGCCUGCAGCGUCCAGCAGCGUGGCCAGCUCCCCCUCCACUGAGACAUUUGCUGAUGUGGAGUUUCCUCUGGGAAAGAGGCACAAUGAGGGUUCCAGCGCCAACAUAUCAGGUAAAGGAGUCACCAAGGCCAGCAACUGUGUGAUCUCCUGAGCUGCAGAUGCCCACCCAUCCGGUCCUGUGCCAAGGAGAACAUGGCUUCUUCCCUGCUCUAGGUCACACAUCACACCCUCAGCAGGCCUCCUGCCCUGUAGCCUCCCUUCCAGUCUCGGAGGCGGAAUCCCAAACAGCAGGAUCCGAAUCUCUUCUCGGCAUCUCAACCGUCGCAUGCCUGCAGCAGACCGCGUGGCCUGACAAGGAAGACCGCUACCUUGUUUACAUGAAGUAGACGCCUGCCCAGUGUCUGCUUUCCUUGUUGCCAACCUGUCCUCCACUGGGCCAGCCCUCCCUGCAGAUCCUCGGGUGGGACAAGGGCCAUUCUUUCUGUCUUGGUAGGACAGGAUGUCCAAAGCAGCCCCAGCCACUUGGCCUUCUCCUUGAAUAUCUGGUGCUGUCUAGUUCUCCGUACCCCAGAGGUUGGUGGGAAGAAUGGAAGAAGGUGGGACUCUGAGCCAGUCUUGCUCCAGGGGGCAUAUGCAGCUGGAAUGGCUGGAAUAUUGUCUAUUAUGGUCUUACAGACACUCAUUCCUGAUGGCUCCUGAACUAGUCUCCCACUGGAAUUGUGGUGGGGAUAGGAUCUGACAGUGCUGGCAGAGAGCCCCUUUCCUUUCUACACUGUAGCGUGCCUGAGUGCCCUGGGGCUCCCUGGCUGGUGCUGUUGAAAGCUAAAGCUUGUAGAGUGCCUUUCUCUGUCCUGCUCCUUUCAGUAGGCUUUUGUUUACAGACCCUGUGGAGGAUGGGAGUGCAGGGGAGGAGGCUGGGCCCUGAGGACAAGAGCAUUUGUGGUUCCUCCCACACCCACUAGGGCUUCCUCCAUGAAACUUCAGCGGAAGACUAGCCAUAGCCUCUUUCCAGGACCAGCAGCCACCUCCCCUCACAGUGACCUGUCCAGGCUGAGGGAGAGUGAGCGUGACAUACAAAACAUCUCUAACUCUAGACUCUGGUCAACCCUCCUGAACAGGCAGAAUGACAGAGGGGUAGAGAGCCACACAGAAGCCUUUCCAGGCCUCCAAGCCAAGAUCUUACCCCCUUUCCUUUCUGAAAAGACCUUGGGUACCACUAGUAC